UCGUAUUCAGCUUCGAAACGAGGAUAUGAAUUUGGUGGACUUGAUUAUGUUGAUAAGUCGCGCAUCCCAAAGGGUACCUCUUACAUACCUUGUGGCGAAUUCCAAAGGCAUCGAGAAGAACGCAGAACCACGCCUGGAUAUGAAAUGGGCGGAAUGGAUUUCCGGAAGGGUGCAGUGGGACCUGGUGGCCCGUAUCAUGGUCACGGUCCUGAACAACGACGUUUGCAGUGCAAAUUUGAACAUUCCUCCUUGAGGCACAACCAAAUGAACAUUGAAGAAGCACCAAAUGUAGACCAAGUCUCCGCGGACACACUGAUCGGAGACACUCGGUCCAAUCAGCAUCUUGCAAAGAAUGAGCAUCCAGACCCUACCUUUGGUACUUCAUUCGGACCAACCGCAGGCUUCACUCACGAGCAUCGCACUGUUCGCCGUCCGGAGGAGCCAGUCAAAGCGACAACAUUCAGUCUGUCUGCAAAGAAGGAUGGUACUGGUCCAAUUGGCAGCGCAUACCGAACUGUUGUUCCAGAACCGCCCGAGCCAGCGCAUCGGCCGCAAAAUGAACUUGCCGGCUACACCUCGCAAGCAGUGAUCAGUUAUGCAGGUCACGGCACCAGUCCUCGGCUGGGAGCAGCUAGAGCACCAUCCAGGGAUGUUGAGCAGCCAAAGUCAACAUGGACUACUACUACUACUACUCCUCGUGCACACAGCGCCGCGCCUGCGGAUAAAUACGAGUGGGUCAGUAAUGGCGGAGUAAAAGAGGUGACAAUUGAGACACUGUUGAACGAUAAAGCGCUGCUUGCGCGCAAGCGCUUGGUGACCCCGGAAUGGCAUUCACGCUCUCUGGAAAAGCAUGAUCGGUGGAAGAACAGGUCCGACCCUCGCCUUUCCCGGUCCCAGGUCUUGUGUUUGUUCCAUGCUUCCGUUUCUUUUUUUUCCCUUCUCAGCUCUGCCGAAAUCAUUCCUUUGCACUGA